AUGUCUACGCCAGUCUGGCUGAUCACAGGUGCCUCAGCAGGCUUCGGGCUGAUCCUGUCCCUGCGUGCCCUGAAAGCAGGCCACAGGGUCAUCGGCAGCGUUCGCAGCAGGACACGCUCUAGUGACGCGGUCAAGUCUAUUGAAGGGGCCGGCGGGGUAAUCAUCGAGAUGGACAUGACGGAGCCACAGGCCAGCAUCGUGAAGAAGGUGCAGGAUGCGGAAGCCAUCUAUGGGCGGAUCGAUGUCCUGAUCAACAACGCCGGAUACAGCCUUCUAGGGCCGAUCGCGCAGAUGACAGAAAACGAGGUCCGACGUCAAUUCGAGACAAACGUGUUCGGGUCCCUGCACACCAUCCAGGGCGUCCUCCCCGGCAUGCGCUCUCGUAAGACCGGGACGAUUGUCAACAUCUCCAGCUCGGCGGGUCAAGACGCGCUGGUGACAGGCGGCAUCUACAGCGCCAGCAAGUUCGCGCUGGAAGCGAUCAGCGAGUCAUUGGCGCGCGAGGAGGUCGAGUUCGGCAUUUCGGUCCUGAUCGUCGAGCCGGGCCCCUUCCGCACAAACUUCCUGGGCGCCUUUGUGGCCAACGAGAAGGGCAUCGGGCAGGACACACCCAGCGGGCUGUUGAGCAAGGCGAUGGCAGGGUGGAAGGCUGCGGACGGCAAGCAGCCUGGAGAUCCGGAGAAGGGGUCCGAGGUGAUCUUCCAGGUGGUGUCGGGCGAGGGCGAGGCUGGGGCGCUGAAGGGCAAGAUCCUGCGGCUGCCGCUUGGGAAGAGCUGUGUGGCUCGGAUUGAGGAGAAGCUGAAGAGUGUGAGGAGCGAUGUCGAGGCUUCGAGGGAAGUGGCCUACAGUGCGGACUUUUAA